ACCAACGUUUUCUUAAACACCACGAAUAGUACGAAGCUACUUUAGAUGUUGUCAUUCAUAAGACCUGAAUAAGGCAUUAUUGGAAUAGAUUACUGUGUUCUCUCUGGGUUUGGGUUCUCUUGGAUACAAGUCCUGCAUAAGGCAUUACAAGUAAAGCACAGACAGAGAGGCGUACCACAAGCAGAGGUGGAGGAAGCGCAAGAUUGACGCAGUGAUUUGAUUAUUAUUUGAAAGGCAGGACAACAGUGAUUUAUAUUUGCGGGAGAUACAGGUCGACCACAUGGCAGUAUGUACAGAAGGAGUUCGCGCUUUUACACACGGAGGCCCUCGAGUACAUGUAUGCCGGAAACAGAGAGCAGACUAGAACUCCAUAGCACGCUGGAGAAACUGGACUGUGGCAUCAAUAUGAAGAAGAAAGCUGUUCUACGGGAAAAACCGGUGACGGUGUGGAGUUUCCGGAGGAAGGCGUGCCUGGGAGCCCUCUUCGUUAUGUACGCAUUACUGGUGGUUCCCUGUGUCAUCGAUCUCGUUAACAACCUCAUUUCCAGUAGAGAACUGGACAAGAUUUGGGGAAUUCUGGAAGAGGCAGUACAUCUCCAUUCGUCAACAGUAGCAAUAAUUCACAAUUUCCACUGUAUGUUUAUGGAUAUGGAUUGUGAAGAGAAAAUGUUGAGUCUCCUAUCGCAUAGAGAACACGUUUGUCCCGGCGAGGACUACUUAGUGAAUGUAGUAUCUGCAAUUCUUCAGAAACAAAACGCCCAGAAUAGCAGUUUUGACCACGGGAGAAAUAUAUCGACCGAAAGUUCCUUUUCAUCCUUUUCUUGUGCUGGAACAACGUUCCUGAACUUGCACACUGCAGCUGUUCCUAAGACUGGUUCCAUGCUGGUCCAGUCGUUGAAGUAUGUCCAUGCUUCCUAUUCUGCUUUCGAUGUUUUAAUCGAACUCUAUUCCCAUUGUAUCGUUGGCACACACAGUGACCUGCACCAUUUGCUCCACGAAAUCAAUUACGUGAAGGGUCAGUUGUUGUCGUUCUUCCUGAAACAAACGCCCGACGACUCCAUCGCUCAGUUAGAACUGUUGUUGAAGGAAACUUACAACGCAGCAGCAGACGGCAAAUCCUCAGACUUGUGUUCUAACACGAUGCUGCAGGGUUACUUGUCGUCUGUUCAUGAAAUCACAAACAUUUCACAGCGCCAGCUAAAACAACUACAAAGUUUCACGCAGUCCGAAUACAAAUGGACCAUCAUUAUUCAGACAAUGUAUUUCAUUGUUCUCUUUUCCAUACCUUUGAUUUGUCUGUGGCAUUUCGUAGAAUUUUGGCGCCGCCUUGUUCUCAUUCAAAAGUUAUCUCAGAAAUAUAACGCGGUGUCGGAUCAACUGUUGAAAGAGCAACUCGAAUUUAAAUCCAUUCUCAGUGAAGUGAUACCAAGGUCAAAUUUCGGUGAAUUUAUCUCAGAAGGUUCAAAGAUAUCCUUGAUGUCCUCGGUGUUCAGAACUGACUCCCACUGCGAGCCUGUUCAAGUCUCCUUUUCGGACAACGAAGGAUCAGACGAAGGAGAAGAUCGGGAUCUACAGAUUCGAAAUUCUCGAAUUUCGAUGAUUAAUCGAUUUAAACAGAAAAGUAACCCAAUGGGGACGAUUCACGAGACUCAUAGUAUCUAUGAUAAACUUACCAAAAAGAUGUCCUCUAAGAACAUAAAUCCGUCCACUUCAAACGAAGUGACCAUUUUUCGGUCGGACAUCGUUGGGUUUUCCCGCACUAUUAAACACUUCACUCCAUCAGAGACGGUGAAUCUGGUGUCUUAUCUUAUAAAGCUGUUCGAUGAACGAAUCCAGUUGUAUGACGUGUUUGUCCUCGGACGAGAAGUCGACUCUUUUACCGUUGUCUCUGGCAUUUCAUUAGCCCAAAUAACUCGCCAUGCGUCAGAAAUAGUGAACAUGGCGCUGGAUUUGAUGUCCAUCAGCAGCGACCUAGAGUUCCAGGCAGGCCCAGAGACCAAGCUGAGGCUCAGAAUGGGGAUCCAUACUGGUACAGCAUAUAGUAGACAAGUUGGGUUCCCCAAACCUCGCUACAACAUAUCGGGAGAGUUGCUUGAAGUCGUGAAGAAAAUAGUCCGCAACGCACAACCUAAUCAAAUUCAAGUGAGUGAGACGACAUACCAACUCCUGUGUCGACACAUUGCUUAUAACCUGGGAAAGAGUGGCUACAUUACUACAGAGACAAACAAGAACAUCAAGGUGUACACACUGAACGGUCGGCGGGUGUCCGAGGACGUGACGGCCCGGGACUGCCCCGGGAGACGGACCGCCUGGAUGCCCAUACAGCUGGAGCAGAAGGCCCUUUACAGAUUUGAGGCCGAAGAGAACCGGUACUUGGCGCCAUUGAAUUGGAUGCUGCCCCGGGACUGUCACUCCAUGGCGUCUGGAUCCACCUCCUCCAGCUUCUCUAACGCCCCCGCAGCCUCCAGACGCAGCAGCAUCACCCGACCUUUCAAAAUGUCAACUCAGGAAACGCUCAACGAGACGCUGGGAUUUUAAAGACCCUGCAGCAAAAUGCAGACCCCUAACUUUUAUUAUAGUGCUUGAGAUGCUUCUUUGAGUUUUUGGAACUGUGGAGUCAACGGCUGCGUUUACAAAAUAACUUACUUUACUGCAUCGUAAAUCCUUUUAGUCAUAUAUAAAAUGAUUCUCAAUACGCAAAAUUAUACUUUACUGGUUCUAAGCUUAAACUUUUAGGUAGCUAUGAGCAAAAUAUAAAAUUUGGUUUAAAGUCAAAAAGUUUUUUUGUAAAGGGCAACCAAGAAUUAUUUUCAUUCUUCAUCUGUGUAUCUGGUAAUGAAUAUUUUUACCGCAAAUAUUAGUGAUUGGAUUUGAUAUGAUUUGAUUAAUUUAAUAUAAACUGAUUUGCAAUAAUUAAGAUCUCUAUUUGUUCAACUAAGAACUUUGUACAUACAUUUUCCAAAUAUUAGGUAAAAAUAUGAAUAAAACUUGACCAAAUAUAU